AUGGCGGAUCUAUACGGAACCAACAACGAUCGCUCUUUUUCCUCUUCUUCUUCACUUGAAUCCGAAGAUAUGUCGUCUUUCCUCCAAACUUUCCUCAACAAUCCGUCAACUAAGGGAAACUCUUUUUAUUCAACGGAGGCGAAUCAGGUACAAAAACAGUCCGAGGGGCGUCAAAAUUCAAACCCUCCACGUUCCUCAAAGAGGACAAGAGCAGCAGAGAUUCAUAAUCUGUCUGAGAAGAGAAGGAGGAGUAGAAUUAACGAGAAACUGAAAGCUUUGCAGACCUUGGUUCCAAAUUCUAACAAGACUGAUAAGGCAUCAAUGCUCGAUGAAGCCAUUGAAUAUCUGAAACAGCUUCAACUGAAAGUACAGACGCUUACUAUGAGAAACGGGUUCGGCUUGCCACCUAUAUAUUCACAAGAACAAGAAUUGCAAAGGGGAAUGAUAUACAAUGAGGGAUUCAAAUUACCAAAUACAAGUGAAGUUGGAGUUACAUUCACCCAAAAUCAAGAUUUCUCAAUUCGAAGGGAAUUUGAUAUUCCUAACCACAUUGGGAUGCCUACAUUAACAAACAUCAUGAAACCAGAAAUUGUUUUUGGUUCGGAACUCACAAAUGAGAAUCACUAUGGGUUUACGAAUAUGAAGGAAAUAGGUCACAAUAGUGGAAAAAUGCCUUCGCCUGGCGUGUCCUUGUGACCCUUAACACUCAUUGCAUCUAGAUUGGAGGAGUAUAUAAAUAUAUCAGAAUGUUCCCUGGUUUUAUGUAGUAUAAUAAUUAUUUAAAAACAUUUAAGUUCCAAACAGAAAAAUAGAGAAGAAUUGUUUGGAUGUGACCUCUUUUGGUCAUUGAAUCUUGAUGUAGUGGUUUAUAUUUUAGCUUAAUUGCCCGAAAUGAAAACAUACUUUUUAUUUUAAUGAUUUGUAAUUUAACUAACAAUUAUGUCGAGAAUGAAUAGCAC